AUGGUGCUCCUGGCAGGCAGACAUGACCAGCUGGGCACCAGCACCAGCCGGCCGCCGAUGGUGGACAGCAGGUCCCCUGACAGGACUGUAGAACAAUUGGGGUCCUGCAGCGAAGGGGGGGGUCACGUCUGGCCGCUUUCCCUGAGCACGAGUUCAGCGUUCACGUUGCAGCACGGGCUGGUGCUCAGUCCACUGAGCUGCACCUGCCAAGGCUGGUGUUUAACUUUGAAGAGCUGCCAGACUGUCAGUGGCCAGAAGAUCCAGAGCCAGGAUGAAGCCUUAGCGGUGAUGGACGUGUUACAUUCAAUGGGCCCAGAAACUGUGGUCAUCACCAGCUCCAACCUGCCCUCCCCAAGGGGCAGUGACUACCUGAUCGCGCUGGGAAGCCAGAGGAUCAAUGAGUCCCUUGCCCGGCACACUGACGGCUCCGUGGUGACCACACGCAUCUCCUUCGACAUUCAGAAGGUAGAUGCCUACUUCAUGGGGACCAGGGACCUCUUUGCUGCCAUGCUCCUGGCAUGGAUACACAAGCACCCCAACAACCUCAAGGUGGCCUGUGAGAAGACGGUGUCGGCCAUGCACCAUGUUCUGCAGCGGACCAUCACAUGUGCUCAAGCCCAGGCUGGGGAAGGACAGAAGCCCAGCCCAGCCCAGCUGGAGCUGAGAAUGGUCCAGAGCAAAAGGGACAUCGAGAACCCAGAGAUCGUUGUCCAGGCCACGGUGCUGUGAGGGCCGCACGUUCCAGCCACCUGACCCACAGUGUGUUGGCGUGUCCGUCUUCAUCCCGUGAAAAAUGUGACGUCUGCCUUAGA